AUGGGAAUUUCCGAGUUACACAUUUAUGGCCGCCCAGGAAUACAGCUGGAGAAUACAGCUGAGCCAUUGAUUGAGAUUUAUGCUGUGUCCCAUGUCAAAGUGAAUCUUCGCGUCUCAAAACAACCAAUGCCACCUGGAUCACCACGAAAAGGUCUCAAUAAUCAUAAAUAUGCAGUCGAUCACAUCAAAGUGUAUAAGAAGCGUGACACGUGGAAAAGAAUAGCCAAACUGAACGAAUAA